AUGGAAAUUAUCGUCAUAAUACACGAGACCUUGUUAUCACAUGUAUGCAACGGAUUCCACAAAAUGGAAUCAUACAGGAAAUUCCGAACCACAGUGUCCUUUUUCACUAUCACUACCCAAGGGUCUUCACAUCCUGGCCCAGCAAGUACAGCUCUUUCCCUAUCAGCUUUAUUCACAGUGACAGUUCCUAAAGAGGUGUACACAGUAGACUACGGCACCAAUGUAAGCCUGGAAUGUGAUUUUGACCGAGGAGAAUGUGGGGAACUUGAAGAAAUAAGAGCCAGCUUGCAGAAGGUGGAAAACGAUACAUCCUCUCACAGUGAGAGAGUCACUCUACUAGAGGAGCAGCUGCCCCUGGGGAAGGCCUUAUUCCACAUCCCCAGAAUCCAAGUGAGAGAUGAAGGACAGUACCACUGCCUGGUCAUCUGCGGGUCUGCCUGGGACUACAAGUACCUAACUGUGAAAGUCCAAGCUUCCUACAAAAGAAUAGAUACUAGGAUCCUAAAGAUCCCAGAGACAGGUGAGGUGGAGCUCACCUGCCAAGCUAGAGGCUACCCCCUGGCCGAAGUAUCCUGGCCAAACGUCAGUGUUCCAGCCAGCACCAGUCAUAGCAGGACCCCUGAAGGCCUCUACCAGGUCAGCAGCGUUCUCCACCUAAAGCCACAGCCUGGCAGAAACUUCAGCUGUGUGUUCUGGAAUUCUCACGUGAAGGAGCUUACUUCAGCCAUCAUUGACCCUCUAGGUUGGAUGGAACCCAAAGUCCCCACAACAUCACUACUUCACGUUUUCAUCCCGUCCUGCAUUAUUGCUUUGAUUCUUAUAACCAUGAUGAUAGUCCUGAGAAAGAGGCUCUGCAGAAAGCUGUAUCCAAGAAAAAGACAACGAAAUGUUCUGUCACCACCAUAGAGAAGUGAACAGAACUAUCUGACCCCGUGGUCUUGGGAGCUGGGGUGACCUGAUGAAGCACCCUCA